UGAGCGCUGACGUCAGUGACCGUAUUAUUUUUUAGACAAAUUCAGGCGAGAAGUGAUUGUAGUUUUAUAAAAUUUGUACACAAAUAAAACCCCAGUGAUUAUUUAAAAUUGAAAGUUUUCUUGUUAAAGAUUUCAUUAGAAUGGCAUCAGCGCCAGAAGCCAAAUCAGCAGAUAGCGUAGAAACGGAAAGUCCUGCGGCGGACUCUAUUUUCAAUGAAAUCCUUAAUCCGGUGAAUUUAGUUUUAACUGCGAUAAUAUUGGUGUUGGUGUUUAAAAUAUUGAGGAGUAGGUUAGGUAAGCCGUGUGCUGAGCAUCAGGUGCCUGAGCUGCCCAAGAUACGGAAGGAUAUGACAGUUGCUGAGCUUCGGCAGUACGAUGGGACACAGGCAGACGGUCGAGUUCUUGUAGCGGUAAACGGUUGGAUAUUCGACGCGACCCGAGGACGGCGCUUCUACGGGCCGGGAGGUCCAUAUGCAGCGUUUGGAGGUAAAGAUGCAUCUAGAGGCCUCGCCACAUUCUCGGUCACAUCAUCAGAUAAGGAAUAUGAUGAUCUUAGUGACCUAAACUCAAUGGAAAUGGACUCUGUAAAGGAGUGGGAGGCCCAGUUUAGAGAAAAAUACGAGCUAGUGGGUAAACUAUUAAAGCCAGGAGAGGAACCGACGAACUAUUCCGAUGAGGAGACAGAGGAAACAGACAACUCCACCAGUAACCCCGAAGACAAGAAAGACAAAUAGAAUGGAAGGAAGAACUAUGGGCCUAAGAGCAGUUCAACCAACCAUACCUCAAAUGUGAUAUUUCCAUGUACUUCAAAAGGCUUUUGAGUCGAGUAUUUAUUUCGAUUAAGUGAAGACAUUUAGGCGGUUUUUUUUUGUUCUUACUUAAAUGGAAUUAAAUUGGUUGUUUUUUUUU